AUGGCGAAUAAGUUUGGAUUAGGUUCUUUAUCUUUAGAAACUAAAAAACCUAACACUACAGCGUGGAUAAAUAAAGCAAAACCUUACUUUGUGGAUCAAAUCGGAGACACUCUUCAAGGUGAUUUAGAUAUGAACAAUUUUAGCAUAACUAAUUUAAAGUCUCCGGAAAACGAUAAUGCCAUUCACAAGAAAUAUUUAAUGGAACAAUUAAAUUUAAUUGAAGUAAAUAAAGACCAUUUAAAAGAAAGAAUAAAUGAUGUGAAAAGAUUCUUCAAACGACAAAUGAAAAAUAAAGAUUUUAUUGAUGAUACUAAAUUACAACAAGAAGUAACAAGUUUAAAAAGUUUUAUUGAAGAACAAUUAGUCAACGUAACGAAUAAAACUGAGUUACAAAAUUUAAUUUCAUUAAUAUCUAAAUUAGAGGAUAAGAUUACAAAACAAAAAUUAGACAUUCAACAAUUGAUAGAUAACAUUCCAGAUGAAAAUACGUUUCAACAGGAAUUAAAUGCUCUGGAAACUAAACUUAACAGUGAAUUACAAAAAGAAUUAACAAAUAUUCAACAACAAAUACAGAACAUUGAUGAUAGUGUUAUUCAACAACAGAUAACCACUAUUAAUAACCUAGUUUUAAAACAGGACAAAAAUAUACUCACAUUAGAAAAGCAACUCAAGCAAGAAAAUAAAUCAUAUUAUUUCAAUCUUCCAUUUAGAAGUUUGAGACAAUACGUUACUUCUAUUACUGAUAAUAUUGAUAAACCAAAAGACUAUGAAUAUAAAAAUUAUGGAUUUACAGUAAAAGUUGAUUCAAUAUUCUUCAGACAAAACUCACAUACAUUUAAAAAAUUUAACGCUCGCAAAGUUCUUCAGUUUAUCAAUGGUACAAAAAAUGUAGAAACUAAAGAAUUAGAAAUUAACGAUGAAAACACCAAGAGAGAUCACUUAUAUGAAAUUAAAACGAGUGGAAAAUAUAUAGAUAGGUUAAUCAUACCAGAUAAUGAAGAAGAAGAUCUUUCAUUGAGUGAUUUUGAUAUGAUAUUGGAAACGGAAACUCCACCAUCAACGAAUAUUAUUAAAAAUCCAGAACCGAAAAAAGUAAGAAACAAUUAUGAGUUUUUACGAGCAACAGACUUUGAAUACGUAAAACUAUAUUUUGUUGAUAAUGAUGCAUUUACCUCAAUUGAUAUUCAUAAAAGUCAACAACAACAAAUUUUUUUAAUAAGAGAUGAUGUGUAUUUUUUUAUAUUAAUCUCUAUUGAAAAACCAAAAUUUUCAGUUCAUCUGAAUAAGAUUAAUGAUUCGAAAGAACAAAUAUCGUUAGUAUCUGUAAAACUUUUUUUUGAAGAUAGUAAACACGAAGUAGCUUUAUCAGAAAUUCACUUAAUUUAA